UCGCCUAAGCGGUGUCUACAACUCAUUAAGCCGAUUGAUGGCUCUGUUGUUUUGCAGCAUUGGCAGCGCUUGGCUACGCCCAGUCUUACCGAAGCUUUGUUUGACCAGCCGCCACCAGGUAUUCUCACCCGCACUGCAAAUCGAAACCAAAGCAUCCUCUCUGUCUCAACUCACACUCCAACCUCAGCCAUCAAUAAUCUAACUUCCACUACUAUGCUCGGUUCUAAUCCGAUAGAUGUUGCUUCAGCAAUUAGUACUAGCAACUCCAAAAUCAAUGAAAAAGCUAGUUUUGCUUGUGAAUGGACGCCUUCCAGCUAUCAAACUUCUUCUAUGCCAACGGAAGAGAAGCCUUAUUCCAAGCCGCGUCCUGCGAUUCUUCGACUCAAUCCAGAUCUGAUGCCUGAUUGGAGCUCUGAACCCAGGCUACCUGUAGCCACGACAGAGCCUCGAGGCCGCGCGAGGAGACGAAUCAAUGAUCACCUUGACAAAGUUGUCAAAAAUGAAGAGCCUGGGACACUGUGUCUGCCGAAUUUUGCGAGUACACGUGAAUUAAGCUUGCCUCCGUGUCUUUCUGUUUCAGCCCCUUUUAAAAUGCUUUUGAUUUUUUUUCGAACUGCAGAUAUACUUAUUGGACGCUCUCGUCCUGAUCUUUUGAACAAACUGAAUUCGAAUUUGGAUCAUAGAGCUCAAACGGAAAUCAGUAGGCCCCCGAAUCAGCUCGUCUUGACAUCACGUAUUAUAGAAGAAGGUCUGGGACCAAAGUCGUUUGGACAGAUGGAAGCAGAGGUAGACGAGCUGCGCAGUGGAACUUUGUCGACUAGUAAUUCAGAGGAUUCUGACCUCGCAAAUACAUGCACAUUUUUGCAGUCAGUUGGUUUGAAGUCGGGUGUUGAAUUAGGAAAAACCAGCCUCCUAGACUUGCUUACUGAGCGCCUGGUCGCCAAUGGCUUUUCCCUUGCCAGUUUGAUGUCCUCACUUCUUCAGGAAAAGUUUUCACCAACGUCCCAUUCCACUGAAUCUUUUGAUAAGGUGAAAGAAUUGACCCAAUUCACCGAUGAACCCGACAUUCAAAUCCCUUCGCUUCAAGAGGCAGAGAGCAUUGAACUGUGUGUCGAGGCCUACUCGACGCCUCAGGCCUAG